UUAUGAUAAGAAGCGUCUAAUUUCCAUUUCAACUAUAUACAUACAUAUGCAUGUAUAUACGGUUUCUAUAUUGCGGUUUCCAGUUGCUGUUGUUCGCUACAGCUUCUGAUGCUUACUUUAAAUAAUUUGUGUCACCACUACGAAGUAAUUAAAAAUCUCAUAUUUAAAUAGAUUUUAGGAGCGAUUCAAAUUUAUCGCCUCAGAACGUUCUGUGUUGUUGGGAGUGAACGUACACAGAAAUUAGUGCUGAUAGUGAUUUAAACGAACAUCUUGGUCAUCAUCAUGGCGACAUGCAGUUUUAUAUGUAAAGUCACCAUAUUCAUUUGGAUAUGUUUUAUGCUGAACAGUCUUUCUUGCGAGGUGCAGCCGGGGCAAGAAGCACAGAAACCUAAGCCCGCUAGGCGUUAUCCUACAGUGUUGAUCCCACUUUUGGUACGGAACAAAGCACAUAUCCUUCCGUUAUUCUUAACAUAUUUUCAAAAUAUUGGUUUUCCUAAGAAGGAUAUUGCUUUAUGGAUACGUUCAGAUCACAACAGCGACUCAAGCACAGAAAUAUUAGAAAAUUGGCUUCGCGACAAUGCUGAUUUAUAUUUUAGUGUAGAUUUUGAGCACGAUGAUAGUGUCCAACGUUAUCAAAAUGAGAGUACACCGAACGACUGGCCUCUCGAACGCUUUAAUCACAUCAUACAACUGAAAGAAGAAGCGCUGGCAUAUGGUAGAGAGAAACAUGCUGAUUAUAUUUUUUUCCUGGAUAUUGAUGUAUUAAUAACGCACAGUAACACUCUACUCCAUUUGAUUCGUCUUAACAAAGAUGUUGUGGCACCAAUGUUGCUUUCCGAAGGACUCUAUUCAAAUUUUUGGUGCGCAAUGACACCGGAUUACUACUAUCAACGUACCGAUGAAUACAAAGAGAUAUACAAUGUAAAUAAGGAAGGCGUAUUUCGUGUACCAAUGGUCCAUAGUGCAGUGCUUAUAAGAUGGACAUAUUUUACGAAAUAUUCUUUAACUUUUGAUCGUAGAACACUAAUCAGGUUAGAAGAAGUUAAUAUAAAUGGUCUCAAGGAAUACCAAAGGUGUCGUACAUACGAUGGACCUGUAGAUGAUAUCAUAGUUUUUGCUGUAGCGGCAAAUUGUACAAGCGUGGAAAUGUACGUCAGCAACAUAUUGCCAUACGGCUAUAUUAUGCAGCCACUAGAUGUGAAUGAUGGAUUGGAUGUCGACAAACAGCAGUUGAUAAAUUUACGUGCAAAUAUAGUAAAUGAUUUAGGUGGCGUGAUUCCAUUAGACGAGCAUUUCGACAAGUACAUUUAUCCCAAAAAAACAAAUAUUACAUUAGACCAUAUAUACAUGAUAAAUCUUAUAAGGCGUCCACAUCGUAGGGAUAAAAUGUUUAAGCUUUUCGAAGAGAUAGGCCUGGAUGUUGAGCACUUCCCUGCUGUUGAUGGAAAACGACUAACACCUGAAUUGCUCGAAGCUGAUGGUAUAAAAUUCAUGCCCGGUUACGAAGACCCUUACAAUCAUCGGAAAAUGACAAUGGGCGAAGUGGGCUGCUUUUUAAGCCACUAUCGUAUUUGGGAGAAAAUCGUUGCGAAACAACAAAAAGAAGUACUAAUUCUAGAAGACGACGUACGUUUCCAGCCAUAUUUCAAAGAAAAUGCUGAACGUGUGCUCUCACAAAUACGCAAAAUUGUUAAAUAUGAUUUAGUGUACUUUGGUCGCAAGCGAUUGAAGGAUGAAGACGAGCCUAAAGUGGAAGGUACGGAAAAUCUUGUACACAUUGGUUACUCCUAUUGGACACUUGGAUACGUUAUAUCACUAGAAGGUGCACGUAAACUUCUGGCAGCCAAUCCGUUGAAAAAUCUAUUGCCAGUUGAUGAAUUUUUGCCCAUCAUGUAUGAUCGUCAUCCAAAUGAAACUUGGAAAUCAUACUUCUUCCAACGUGAUUUGUGGGCAUUUAGCGCUGCACCUUUAUUACUCUACCCCACUCAUUAUACCGGCGAAAAGGGUUAUAUCUCAGAUACGGAAGAUUCUGAAGUGACCUUAACAGCAAAAACCAAUAAUGCACACUUGAAAAGCGAUCGUGAACUGGAAUUUCCCAUACCUGCAGAAACUGAAACCAAGCAGCAGGAGACGACAAAAGAGACACAAGAAAAAGACGAUUUUUUGGAUUUAAACAGUCCUGAAAUGGAGGAACUUCUGUUCCUAAUGAAACACCGCAAUGAACUUUGAGUACAAUAGAAUUAAAUAAGCCAACUACUUUAGUAUAGUAAGAUUUUUAACAUUACUGCCAAUUUCAUUGCAACUAUUACGUAAAUGUGUAAGGUGCAUGGAAUUUAACAUUUGUGCUUUUAUGAGUUAUCCUAUUAAUGUGCCUUACUAGCUGUAACAAAUAUUAUAAUAUCCUGGCGGAUGAAAGGAACUAUUAUCCUAACAGUUGUAAUUCGAUUCUUUGAAUUCCAUUUUUUACUCAACUCUAUUUGUACACUAACUCGAAUAUUUAUAUAUAUUAAUUUUUUUAAAUACUCAUAUAUAUCUUAUUAACCGUUUUGAAUAUGAUAGAGAACUUGUUUAGUCUUUCUCUUAGCGAAUCAUUAAAAAACAACAUAAUGGAAGAACAGCCUACAUGGCAUACAUUAAAAAAUAUAUGAAAAAUGAAUUUAUAAUUUUCAUAUAAAACUGCAAAGCUGUAAAAUUAAGUAAACAGGUUAACUUUUAUUAUGUUAUAUUGCUUUCAUUAGUAAAAAGCUUGAUAACAGGUUUGUUGAAUAUGAUAUGAAAAAAAGUAUUAAGCUUUUUCAAUAUUUUCUAAAGCAGCCUAAUUUCUUUGUAAUAAAGCUUCAUGUAAUAUUUUUGUAUACUUAUUUAGUUAUAAUUAUUACUUGCUCCUAAAGUUAAUAGCUACAUACAUAUAUUUACACGUCAAUAAUAAUUUGUUGUCCUAUAGCCAAAGUAACUUUAUGCCAAAUAUUAUAAGCACAAAAGCACUUAAUAAAGGAAACGAAAUGAAAGUAAUAAUAA